GGACAAGGUACCAGCCUCUUCCUGAAGUCCCGCUUGGCGCCACCUGAGCUGACCUGGGCCAACAGCAGACUUUCAAGGUGCUGGAGCUCUCAUCCGACGUGCGCAGCAAGAUUCCAGAGGAGAUCGACUACGAGGGCACCUGCAAGGUGCUGUCCACCGAUCCCUCCCCUCUCAAUGUGGUCUUGUUGCAAGAGAUCCAGCGCUACAACUCCUUGCUGCAGAUCAUCAGCUCAUCGCUGGUGGAGCUGGAGAAAGGCAUUCAGGGCCUGGUGGUCAUGUCAACGGACCUGGAGGAGAUCUUCAACUGCAUCUUUGAUGCCCGCGUGCCCCCCAUGUGGGAAAGGGCCUACCCCUCCCAGAAACCCCUGGCCGCCUGGACCCGGGACCUGGGCCAGCGCGUGGAGCAGUUUGGCCGCUGGGCGAAGACGGCUCACCCGCCCGUGCUCUUCUGGCUGUCGGGGUUCACCUUCCCCACCGGCUUCCUGACGGCCGUGUUGCAGGCAGCGGCACGCCAGAACAAUAUCUCCGUGGACACCCUUUCCUGGGAGUUCAUCGUCUCCACCGUGGAUGACAACAACCUAGUGUACCCCCCCAAGGAGGGCGUGUGGGUGCGGGGCCUCUGCUUGGAGGGCGCCGGCUGGGACAAGAAGAACUCCUGCCUGGGGGGGAUCUACUCCUGCCCUUGCUACUACUACCCCAACCGGGCGGGCACCUCUGGGCGACCCUCCUUCGUCAUCGGUGUGGACCUGCGCUCCGGAGCCAUGACCCCCGACCACUGGAUCAAGCGCGGGACCGCCUUGCUGAUGAGCCUGGACACGGUUCCCCGGGGCCACUGCCUGGCUCCUCACUUGCCCUCCAAGACCGGGGACUCCUUCCUCCGCAGCCACCACGUCACGGUGUUGCAUGUGGUGUGUGAGAUAGAGAGCGAGUGUGGGACGGUUGGGUCCCCUUGCUUGGCUAAGAAAUAG